AUGGCGCGGUUCGGAGACGAGGUACCGGCCAGGUAUGGCGGAGGGCCCGGCGGAGGGGGCCCGGGCGGCCGCGGUGGUAGCAGGCAAGGAGGACCCCAUGGACACGGGCCCGGGGCCCAGAGAAUGUACAAGCAGUCUAUGGCGCAGAGAGCCCGGACUAUGGCCCUCUAUAAUCCCAUUCCCGUGCGCCAGAACUGUUUCACUGUCAACCGCUCGCUGUUCAUUUUCAGUGAGGAUAACUUCGUGAGAAAAUACGCCAAAAAGAUCACCGAAUGGCCUCCAUUUGAGUGGAUGAUUCUUGCCACCAUCAUUGCCAACUGCAUCGUCCUGGCCCUGGAACAACAUUUGCCCGAUGGGGACAAGACGCCGUUGUCUGAACGCCUGGAUGAUACAGAGCCGUACUUCAUAGGAAUCUUCUGUUUUGAGUCCGGAAUAAAAAUUCUGGCACUUGGUUUCGCCUUCCACAAGAACUCCUACCUGAGGAACGGAUGGAACGUCAUGGAUUUUGUAGUGGUACUCACAGGGAUCCUGUCCACUGUGGGUUCAGAUUUCGACUUGCGGACCCUCAGGGCUGUGCGAGUAUUGAGGCCCCUCAAACUGGUGUCCGGUAUUCCCAGCUUACAGGUGGUGCUCAAAUCCAUCAUGAAGGCCAUGAUUCCUCUGCUGCAAAUUGGCCUGCUGCUUUUCUUUGCCAUCCUCAUGUUCGCCAUCAUCGGCCUGGAGUUCUACAUGGGCAAAUUCCACAAAACCUGCUUUGACAAUCACACAGGUGAGAUCCGAGAAGAGUUUCCAUGCGGGACAGAGCUUCCGUCGCGGCUGUGUCCAGAGGGCACCAUGUGUAGAUCGUACUGGCUGGGACCAAACUAUGGCAUUACCCAGUUUGACAACAUCCUGUUUGCUAUUCUCACCGUCUUCCAGUGUAUCACCAUGGAGGGCUGGACUGACCUGCUCUACUAUAGCAACGAUGCCUCAGGGAGUGCAUGGAACUGGAUGUACUUCAUCCCCCUCAUCAUCAUUGGCUCUUUCUUCAUGCUCAACCUGGUGCUGGGUGUGUUGUCAGGGGAGUUUGCCAAAGAGAGAGAGCGUGUGGAGAACAGGAGUGAGUUCCUGAAGCUCAGAAGACAGCAGCAGAUUGAAAGGGAACUUAAUGGUUACCUGGAGUGGAUCUGCAAAGCUGAAGAGGUCAUCUUGGCGGAUGAUGAAAAUGAAAAUGAUUAUGAUGGAUCCCGUAGGAGAGCCACUAAGAACCAUAAGAGCAAAGCUGAGCUUCUAAACCCAGAGGAAGGAGAGGGAGAUCUGGCAGUAGGUUCACCGUUUGCCCGUGCCAGCUUGAAGAGCUCCAAGCUCGAAGGAUCGACUUUCAAGCGGCGGGAGCGACGGCUGCGCUUCUUAAUCCGACACGUUGUCAAGUCCCAGGCCUUCUACUGGACUGUACUGUGCUUGGUGGGCCUCAACACGCUGUGUGUGGCUGUAGUGCACUACGACCAGCCAGAACCACUUUCAGAUUUUCUAUAUUUUGCUGAAUUCACCUUCUUGGGGAUAUUCUUGACAGAGAUGUUUGUAAAGAUGUAUGGCCUGGGCAGGCAGGCCUACCUCAACUCCUCCUUCAACUGCUUCGACUGCAUUGUGAUAUGUGGUAGCAUAUUUGAAGUGCUGUGGUCCAUCAUCCAGCCGGGCACGUCGUUUGGCAUCAGUGUGCUACGAGCUCUCAGGUUAUUGAGGAUCUUCAAAGUCACCAAGUACUGGGCAUCUUUACGUAACCUCGUCGUCUCUCUGCUCAACUCCAUGAAGUCCAUCAUCAGCUUGCUCUUCCUGCUCUUCCUCUUCAUAGUUGUCUUUGCCCUGCUGGGCAUGCAGCUCUUCGGAGGACAGUCAGUGCUGUUUUCCUUUACCUGAGCUUCUCCUCCGACCAACUUCGAUACCUUCCCCGCAGCAAUAAUGACAGUGUUCCAGAUCCUGACCGGUGAGGACUGGAACAUGGUGAUGUACGAUGGCAUCAAGUCUCAGGGCGGAGUCAACAAGGGCAUGGCCUUCUCUGUGUUCUUCAUCGUACUCACACUUUUUGGCAACUACACUCUGCUGAAUGUGUUCUUGGCUAUCGCUGUGGACAAUUUGGCCAACGCACAGGAACUGACCAAGGAUGAGCAAGAGGAAGAGGAGGCUGCCAGUCAGAAGAUCGCCCUGCAGAAAGCCAAGGAGGUGGCUGAAGUCAGCCCACUGUCUGCUGCCAAUCUCUCCAUUGCAGCCAACAAAGUACACAGUGAGUGUCACAACGCUACCGACCCCUUUCUGGACUGUAAGGAGCAGCAGAAGAACCACAAUAAGGGAGUCAAUAAGUCAGUGUGGGAGCAACGCACCAAGGAGCUGAGGAAGCAGACUCUGGCAUCCAGCCGCGAGGCCCUUUAUAACGAGCUGGACCCUGACGACCGCUGGAAGGUGAACUACUCACGUCACAUCCGUCCAGACAUGAAGACCCACCUGGAUCGACCCUUGGUGGUUGACCCCCACGAGAACCGCAACAACAACACCAACAAGACCACCGCCAACAAUUCAGACCUCUGCUUCAGCCAGCACCAUCCUGCUGACGAGCUCCACAGGCAAACACGCCUCCACGAACACGGUGGGCAAGUAGGUGGAGAUGGGGGUGGAGGCUCAGGUCCGGUCAGGCCUCCCCUGGAUCGGGGGGAGUCCACAGAGAGCAAGCGGAGCCGUAAAGGUGAGCACCGCCACCACAGUUCUCACGUCCGAUUGGAUGCCACAGUGAUUCCUGGCCCAGGCUCGGAGGAGAGGCCGUCCAGGCGCCACCACCACACCCGGAGCGGCAGUCGAGGGGGAGGGCAGUCGGAACACAGGAAGCCCAGGUCCCAUCGAAAGAACGCAGAAGAUGGCGAGGAUGGCGGGGGAGGAGCCGGAAAAACGGGGAGACACAAGAGCAAAGGGGUGGAUGGGGGUGGAGAAGGAGGAGAACAGGACGGAGCUGGUGAUGGCAGUGAGAGGAGGCCAAGAAGAAGUCGCCAUGGCAACCAAACGGACGGCGAGGGGAAGAGGAUGUGCCAGCACAGGAGGAAGGAUUGCAGUGUCCCUAACCUCUCUACCACACGGCCCAUCCAAAAGAGCCUCUCUAGGCAGGACAGCCAGUACAGCGAGGAUAUGGACAACCUCAUGAAUACCAAACUGGUGUCUGGCUCUACCCCACCUAGCGGGAGUCACCCUAACCCAAUCGCCAGCCGCACCGUUGCCCCUGGCUUUGGAUCUGCCCUCCAUCUUGCUAACAGUGGCACUCAUGGGAGUUUGGUCACAUUAGAUAGCUAUGGGAACAUCGGACAUCACCGUGCCAACAGCGUCAUCAGGCUGCCUCACCCUGACUACACAGCAAUAGACAUGCCAAUUUUUCCAUCCACCAAUGCCAUACUGCAGGUCAAUAAAAAUGCCAACACAGAGCCUUUGCCAGCGAAGGAGGACAAGGACGACGAUGAUGAUGAGAAGGGAGGCGAAGGAGGACCCAGGCCUAUGCCUCCCUUCAGCUCCAUGUUCAUCCUGUCCACCACCAACCCGUUUCGACGGGCAUGUCACUACAUCUGCACCCUGCGUUAUUUUGAGAUGUGUAUCCUGCUGGUUAUUGCCAUGAGCAGUAUUGCCCUGGCUGCUGAAGACCCUGUGUGGCCCGAAUCCCCUCGCAACAAUGUUCUUCGCUAUUUUGACUAUGUCUUCACAGGUGUGUUCACAUUUGAGAUGCUGAUCAAGAUGGUGGAUCUGGGGUUGGUCUUGCACCAGGGCUCUUAUUUCCGGGACUUGUGGAACAUCCUUGACUUUAUAGUGGUUAGUGGUGCUCUGGUGGCCUUCGCCUUCACGGGGAGCAGUAAAGGAAAAGACAUCAGCACUAUCAAGUCUCUGAGGGUACUGAGAGUGUUGCGACCUCUGAAGACGAUCAAACGUCUUCCCAAACUUAAGGCUGUGUUCGACUGUGUGGUGAACUCUCUGAAGAAUGUGCUCAACAUCCUGAUUGUCUACUUACUCUUCAUGUUCAUCUUUGCUGUGGUGGCCGUGCAGCUCUUUAAGGGACGCUUCUUUUACUGCACUGAUGAAUCCAAAGAGUUUGAGCGCGAUUGCAGGGGCGAAUAUCUGGUUUACGAACGUGAUAACGAAGUGAAGGCGCAGAAGCGGGAGUGGAAGAAGUACGAUUUCCACUACGACAACGUGGCUUGGGCCCUACUCACCCUCUUCACCGUGUCUACCGGAGAGGGGUGGCCGCAGGUGCUGAAGCAUUCAGUGGAUGCGACUUAUGAGAACCAGGGCCCGAGCCCGGGAUACCGGAUGGAAAUGUCCAUCUUUUACGUGGUGUACUUCGUGGUCUUCCCCUUCUUCUUCGUCAACAUCUUCGUGGCUCUCAUCAUCAUCACCUUCCAGGAGCAAGGAGACAAGAUGAUGGAGGACUACAGUUUAGAAAAGAAUGAGAGAGCCUGUAUAGACUUUGCCAUCAAUGCCAGGCCUCUGACACGCCACAUGCCCCAGAACAAGCUGAGCUUUCAAUACCGAAUGUGGGAGUUUGUGGUGUCGCCGCCAUUUGAGUAUACUAUCAUGGCAAUGAUCGCGCUCAACACGGUUGUGCUGAUGAUGAAGUAUGAUGGAGCUUCUGAUACCUAUGAAGAUGUGUUAGCCAACCUGAACAUAGUGUUUACCUCCCUCUUCUCCAUGGAGUGUGUACUCAAGAUCAUCGCCUUUGGAGCACUGAAUUAUUUCAAAGAUGCCUGGAAUAUUUUUGACUGUGUGACAGUUCUGGGCAGCAUCACUGACAUUCUGGUCACCGAGCUUGGGAUGAAUAAUUUCAUCAACCUAAGUUUCCUGAGGCUGUUCAGGGCAGCUCGUCUCAUCAAGCUACUGAGGCAGGGAGAAACCAUCCGCAUCUUGCUUUGGACCUUCGUUCAGUCCUUCAAGGCGCUGCCUUAUGUCUGCCUCCUCAUUGCCAUGCUGUUCUUCAUCUACGCCAUCAUUGGGAUGCAGCUGUUUGGGAAUAUUGCUAUUGAAGAAGACGGAGAGAGUGCCAUCAACCAGCACAACAACUUCAGGACCUUCAUACAGGCUCUCAUGCUGCUCUUCAGGAGCGCUACAGGGGAGGCGUGGCAUGAGAUCAUGCUGUCAUGUCUGGGGGGUAAGGAGUGUGACCUCCUGUCAGGGAACACAGAGCCAGAGUGUGGCAGCCAGUUUGCCUAUCUCUACUUUGUUUCCUUCAUCUUCUUCUGUUCAUUCUUGAUGCUGAAUCUGUUUGUAGCCGUCAUCAUGGACAACUUUGAGUACCUGACUAGGGAUUCAUCCAUACUGGGACCUCACCACCUGGAUGAGUAUGUCAGGAUAUGGGCCGAGUAUGAUCCUGCUGCCUGCGGGCGCAUUCAUUAUAAGGACAUGUACAGUUUAUUACGAGUUAUCGACCCGCCUCUCGGCUUAGGCAAGAAAUGCCCCCAUAGGGUGGCCUGCAAGAGACUGCUACGUAUGGAUCUGCCUGUGGCCGACGACAACACGGUCCACUUCAACUCCACCCUCAUGGCCUUGAUCCGCACAGCGCUGGACAUCAAGAUCGCCAAGGGUACGGAAGGUGGUAUUGACAAGCACCAGAUGGACGCAGAGCUGAGGAAAGAGAUGAUGGCAAUCUGGCCCAACCUCUCCCAAAAGACUCUGGAUUUGCUGGUUACGCCGCACAAGUCAGCGACAGACCUGACAGUGGGGAAAAUCUACGCUGCCAUGAUGAUCAUGGAGUACUACCGCCAGAGCAAGAUCAAGCGCUCGCAGGCUCUUCGUGAUGAGCAGAAUCGAACGCCAUUACUGUUUCAGCGCGUGGAGCCACCUUCCCCCGCCCAGGAUGGGGGCCCGGGUCUUAACAACGCCCUCCCUCCACCUGAGACAACAGAGACUGUCAACAGCCUGCCAGUGGAGGGGGGGCUCCCGGAGAGCCAUUCAUGGGUGACGGCUCGUGCUCAGGAGAUGUCCCAGAAAGUUGGCAGCUGGAGUCCUGAGGGACAUCCUGAGGAUGGCCUAGGAAGCAUGACCAAUUCUCAGACGGUAGAGAUGAGAGAGAUGGGGCAGGAUGGUUACUCGGAUACUGAGCACUUUCCACCAAUGGAAGGCCAUGGCAGGGCCGCUUCCAUGCCCCGCCUCCCAGGCGACAACCAACAACCACGGAGGAGAGGAAAACAACGUGGCAGUAACCUCAGUCAAACCAUCAAUGACAGCAGUCCCAUGAAACGCUCGGCCUCGUCGCUGGGCCACAGCAGGUCCGGGCGUGGCCACAGAGACAAAGGAGGGGCAGACGACUACAACAUGGAGCGUGUUAUACCUGAGGAGGGGAGAACUUCCAGACACGGACACCGACGAAAAGACCGGAGUCACCGGGCGUCUGAAAGGUCCCUCUGUCGUUACACAGAGGCUGAUACAGGCCUGGGCACAGACCUGAGCACAACCACCCAGUCAGGCGACCUCACAUCCAAAGACAAGGAUCGUGACAGAGAUCGUGGCCGGUCCAAAGACCGUAAACACCACCAUCAUCACCACCACCACCAUGGCUCUGUGGACAAAGAGCGCUACGUAGCAGAGCGAGGGGGCGAGUACGGACACAGGCACUCCCGUGACAGAGAGCACGACCGGGAGAGAGAGAGAGAAAGGGACCGGCGCUGGUCACGAUCGCCCAGCGAGGGUCGCGAGUGCAUGACACACAGACAGGGCAGUAGUUCGGUCAGCGGAAGUCCUGUCCCCUCAACUUCGGGGACCAGUACGCCACGUCGAGGCCGUCGACAGUUGCCUCAGACCCCCGCAACACCCCGGCCUCAUGUUACCUACUCCCCUGUGGUCCGUAAGGCCAUGCCCACUCCGCCUGGGGGGCCACAGGGCAGACCCCCAGCCCCAGCCCCUCGCCGCUUUUCUCCUGAGCCUCCCCAAGGUCAGGGCCCUCCCCCCGCUGGCCUCCCACUGGCCCACCAUGGCACUGCCCGCCAGGGCCAUCAUCCCCCGCCUCGUUGGGGAGACACAGGUGGAGGAGGCGGCUCCAUGGAAGGGGAUGGCUGCUUCUACAACCAGGACUACCAGGACUAUGAGCCCCAUCAUGAACCACCUGCCUAUGAGCAGAGCCCCAUACAGGGUGGCAACCCCCACCCACAUCCCAGUCGCACUUCACCUAGGACUGCCCACCAUGCGCCUCCUCCCACCACUGCCCUGACUGGGCCUGUGCAGGGCCAGGUGCAGCCUGCUGCCCAGCGUCGCCUUCCCAAUGGCUACCGUUCCUCAUCACCUUCCACACAUCUCCACGGACCCCCACAUACUGGGCCUCACAAGGUCCCCCCUCCAGCUGGGCAUCCCAGAGGGCCCCGCAAGGGCCUGCAUGAACCCUACAGCGAGACAGAGGACGACGACUGGUGCUAG